GUAACAGGCGGCCAUCUUGCGUCGGGUAACGACUUCUAUUGUGGCGAGUAAAGUGUUUUUAACUCGUUGAAUUUAAAAACAUUUUGGUUUGUGACAAACCGUAUUAGCAUAGAUGUUGAAAAAUAAGUUGAGGUAGGCAUUAAAAAUGUUUAUCGAACGACGCCGACGCAAAACGGCCGAGCGACAACGCCAUUCCCCAUUAGUUCUAAGCGCGCUUCAGACAUCGUCAUAUGUAUAUGAUAUCUAUAGCUGAGCUAGCAACCAAACACUUUUGGUUUUAAUUCAGCAAUUUCCAUUUUAUUUAUUUAUCGAACGUUGACGCUUUUUCCUCAAAUUGACUUAUGAAGAGCAAUUUUUCUUCCGUCAUAACUUCCCGGCUUUGACGCAUCAGGGCCAUGUCUUGGCGUGGUCCGACUCCUUUAUCAGAUACUGACCUCCGACCUGGCCGCCAGUCGAUGCCGGAGCCCCAUGGGUCGGGGCCGGAGUCGGAAACGCCGCCCUUAGCCCCGGGGUGCACAGAUAACGCCCUGGGCAUCCUUAGCAGCUGCGGUCUGGAGCCCGCCGACCUGGCGCUCCUCGCCCAGCUUCCCGAGGACCAGCUGACCGUGGACUCGCUGCCUCACCUGGUCCAUCAGAUACGAUCCCGCAAAGAGACACUGAAGCCUCCUCCCGCCUUUUCCCCUCUUUGCGAUUCGCCAAAGGCACCCGUUCGCCAAAAUCCGGACCCCGGUUGGUUGGUUCAGUACCCGUUAAGCCACCUAGCUUCUAAAACGCUUCCGGACUGGCGAGAUCAGUGGCAGAAUUCUGGCAGCCCUCAGUCAGAGUCCUCCAGAUUCUCCCGGGAUACUGUUUCCGCCUCCUUUGAGCGAAACGAUAGACCCAGAAGAGCGGCGGCAAACAUUCCUUCCCUCGGGACAGUCAGCAGGCGCCACGCAUCUCCAUCAGAAAGUCGACGGACAUCCGGAUCAGAACUAGGACACUCUGAGACCUCUGCCGGCCUGGUUUGCGGUUGGUCCGCGACACCGUCCGAACAGGAAGUGCGGGAUUUCCACGGCGCGGAACCUCAGACGUACCCGGCGUCAUGUUCUCUAUGUAACGGCGUCUUCAUCUCGGCGGAGAACUGGGCUGAGCACGUGAGCGGAAGCCAGCACGCGGACGGACAACUGCGCCUGCUACAGCGCUUUCCCACGUGGAACUGCCGCACGGAGAUGAACGACAGACCUAACCGGCAGUCAAAUAAGAAGAGCCACCACAGACAGACUCGCUGGUCGUCACCAGCAUCAACUGAGAACGGCAGGAGGUCACGGAACGACAAGAGCGCAGAAAAGGUCGCCGAGAAAAGCCAACUGGUGCGCGUCAAGUUUCCUCCUCAGUCGGUGGACGAGUCUUACAUGCGGAAACUGGCGGAGCCUUUCGGGAGCGUCAACAGGAUUCUCGUGUUUCCGUCACUGGCUUUUGUGGAGUUGGACUCUCCAGAGCAGGCUCAGGAGUUGGUGGACUUCCACAAGAAACGUCCUCUAAACGUGAAUGGCCAGCAGAUAGACUUCAGCAUCUCCGAGUCCUGUAAUUUUGCGAAGAGCUCUCGCGUGGUCAGCUUCAUACCGCCCCCGCAAUCCAACACUGACAAGUCCGACCUCCUCAACGUGGUCAAGCGCUUCGGUCCGCCCGUCUACACUCUCUUCCAACGGUUCAAGGCGUGCGUGGAGAUGAAAAGCCUGGAAGAUGCGGAGAAGUUGGUGGAUUACUAUUCCUCCAACAUCUUGAGGCUCAACGACAAAGUCCUCCGGGUUUCCUUCGCCACAGACACGCCUACUCUCGGAACCGUCGUGUUAGCACAACGUUAUCAAGAAGACUCAAUCAAGAGAACGAGAAGCAGAGAUGAAGAUCAUACGAGAAAGGAGUCCAAGAAGAGGAGGGGAGAAGACCACAGGUCCAGGUCGCGAGAGACCAGGUCCAGAGACAGGAAAGCCAGGUCCAAGUCUCGAGAUAGGAAGACCAGGUCUAAUAAUCCAGAAGACAAGACACGGUCCAAGUCCCAGGAGCAAACCAGCAGUUCCAGAACCAAGAAGCCAGAAGCCGAAACGGCCGCGUCUAGUUGCGGUUCAGCUCCGGCACAUCCAACAGCCUCAAAACCUGACGCUGUCAACCAAGAUCAGAGCAACGUAGUCGCAAACUCGUCCGAAGACGACAGCGACAUCGAGGGAAUGGCGGUGCUGGGCGAGGACGAUUUGGAAUCUCUUGAGGAAACUGGGAACGAUGAAGAACUAGAAAAGCACUCACCUGAACCUGCCACAGGUGAAGAAAAUGAGGACGACGGUAAGCGUGAUGAAAAAAAUUCCCACAGCCAGGCGGAUAAGUCAGACGAGGAAAUAAACCUGGAGGACUGCAUCACGCUGGAUGAAGUGGGACAAGAGCAGAACCCUACAGACGAAGAAGCUGCACGGUCAUCGAAUGAUUCGACUGAAGAAAGGGCUCCGAAGACUCCAGAUGUUGAAGAUUCGGUCAAGCUCACCCGAGACAAGACACCCAGAUCCAGGGAGUCCUCGGACAUCAAAUCCGGAAAGAUUCCUGAGAUCAGGUCGGAAGGCAGUAAUACUGCAGUGACAAGGUCAGAAGGUGGGAAAGAUCUGGAAAUCAAGUCAGAAAUUGGGAAGACUCUAGAGAACCCUUCAGAAGGUGGGAACAAUCACAACUUGGACAGGAAAACUGCAGAGACGAAGUCGGUAGGGAGGAAAGAUCUGGACAUGAAGACUCUGGAGACCCCUUCAGAAGGUGGCAACCAUCCCAACUUGGACAGGAAUACUGCUGUAACUAAAUCAGAAGGCAGUAGUACUGCAGAGACUAAAUCAGAGGGGAGUAAAGAUCUGUACAUCAAGACUCCGGAGACCCCUUUAGAAGGUUGCAACAAUCACAAUUUGGACAGGAAGACUCUGGACUCACAGAAAUUCCAGUCGGAGAUCCGAAAGAACAUCAACACGCAAGAGAUUUCAGAGUCUGAAGAUGCUUCUAGGGAAGAUCCUGGAGCUAGACCAGAAGAUUUGAAUCAGUCGUUGAGGAGAAACGCAUCAUCUGAGGAUGUGUCCCUUUCUGGAAUGGUCCAGACGCAAGAGCCAAGAAGCCAAAGGAGUCAUGAGAGUCAGGAAGCCAACGAAACGUCUUCAGGGACAGCCCCCCAGCCCGUGGGAACCGAGUUUGUGCGUCCCGUGGUGGGCUACUUCUGCAGCUUGUGUCAGCUGAUCUACGCCGAUGAGGACGAAGCCAAAGUGCGGCACUGCAGCAGCCCAGGACACUGGUUCAAAUAUCAGGAGAAGAUGAACGCGAGGACCUGACACAUCUGACCAGACUUCUUCACAUCUCAUUUUUACUUUGUCAAUAAAUUGACCUGACCUAAAGUUACAGUUGUCACGAUACUAAAAAUUUUCAACUCAUUAUCGAUAUGCCUCUCCAAGAAAUACAGUGGGACCUUGAGAUUCGAAUGUUUCGGUACAUGGAAAAUUUUUUAUCAUACGAAAGAUAAUAUGUACCGUAAUCUAUCAUUUCCACUAGCAGUUAGCUCAUCUUUUAGUGCUCCGUGUUUGCUAUGAGCUGGAGUAGUCAUGUGAUAAACGUCUGAAUAAUGAGAUUGAACCAAACUAGUUACUUUAGCACCACCACUGUUGAUUUUGGGGAAUUUCAGGGUCACCUAUUCAUAUUGGGUCACUUCCUGUUGAUUUAGAGGCAUUCCAGGUUCACGUCCUCAUGUUGGGUCACUUCCUGUAGACUUCGGGUCAUUUAGGGUUCACUUUCUAUACGUAUUGGGUCCCUUCCUGUUGAUUUAGAGGCAUUCGAAGGGUAACCUUUUCAUAUUGGGUCACUUCCUGUUGAUUUUUGAGGCAUUACAGGGUCACCUAUUCAUAUUCCGUCACUUCCUGUUGAUUUUGGAGCAUUUCCGCUUUACCUCCUGUAGAAAUCAGGUUACUUCCUGUUCAUUUUGGGGCAUUUCAAGGUCACCUGUUCAUAUUGGGUCACUUCCUGUUGACUUGGGGUCAUUUAGGGUUCACUUCCUAUACAUAUUGGGUCAAUUUCUGUUAAUUGUAAGGCAUUCCAGGGUCACUUCCUGUUGAUUUAGAGGCAUUCCAGGUUCACGUCCUCAUGUUGGGUCACUUCCUGUUGACUUGGGGUCAUUUAGGGUUCACGUUCUAUACGUAUUGGGUCACUUCCUGUUGAUUUAGAGGCAUUCGAAGGGUUACCUUUUCAUAUUGGGUCACUUCCUGUUGAUUUUAAGGCAUUCCAGAGUCACUUCCUGUUCAUUUUUGAGGCAUUACUGGGUCACCUAUUCAUAUUCCAUCACUUCUUGUUGAUUUUGGAGCAUUUCAGCGUUACCUCCUGAAGAAAUCAGGUUACUUCCUAUUCAUUUUGGUGCAUUUCAAGGUCACCUGUUCAUAUUGGGUCACUUCCUGUUGACUUGGGGUCAUUUAAGGUUCACUUCCUAUAUGUAUUGGGUCAAUUCCUGUUUAUUGUAAGGCAUUCCAGGGUCAAUUCCUGUUGAUUUUAAGGCAUUCCAGAGUCACCUAUUCAUAUUCGAUCACUUCCUGUUGAUUUUAAGGGAUUCCAGAGUCACUUCCGGUAUAUUUUGGGGCAUUUCAGCGUUACCUCCUGUAGAAAUCAGGUUACUUCCUGUUCAUUUUGGGGCAUUUUAAGGUCACCUGGGUUUCAAGGUCACUUCCUUUUGACUUGGGGUCAAUCAGGGGUGAAUUCCUCUUCAUAUUGGGCCACUUCCUGUUGAUUACGAGGCAUUCCAGGGUCACUUCCUGUUGAUUUUGGGGCAUUUUAGAGUUCUUUAUAUUGGGUCACUUCCUGUUGACCAGGGGUAAUUGAGGGUUCACUUCCUGUUGAUUGUAACUUGCUGUUUUUGAGGCAUUUCAGGGUCACUUUCUGUUGCUAUCAGGUCACUUGUUGAUUUGGGGGCAUUUCAGGGUCACCUGUUAAUAUUGGGUCACUUCCUGUUGACUUGGGGUCAAUAAGGGGUCACUUCCUGUUGAUUUAGAAGCAUUCCAGGGUCCUGUAGAUAUAUAAUUUCCUGUUGAUUUUGGGGCAUUUCGAAGUCGUUUAUCUUGGGUCAUUUCCUGUUAACCCGGGGUCAUUUACGGGUCACUUUCUGUCGAUAUCAGGUCUCUUCCUGUUGAUUUAGAGGCAUUCCAGGGUCACUUCCUGUUGAUUUUGGGGUAUUUCGGAGUCACCUGUUUGUACUGAGUCACUUCCGAUUGAUUUAGAGCACUGGUCUCCAAACUAUUCCACAUAGAGCCGCAGUGGGUGCAUGAUUUCACUCCAACAAAACAAGAUAACACCUUUUCACCAAUCUGGUGUUUUAUAAGUGUAACAGUUGAUUGCAGUCAGGUGCUGCUUGUUUUAGUAGAAACCUCAUUGGUUGAAAGGUCUGUGCUUGAUCAGUAUGAACAAAAACCAGGACCCACAGCGGCCCUCGAGGACUGGUUUGGAGACCCCUGAUUUAGAGGCAUUCCAGAGUCUCUUCCUGUUGAUUUUGAGGCAUUCAAUGGUCACUUGCUGUUGAUUUCGGGGCAUUUCAGAGUCACUUGUUUAUAUUUGGUCACUUCCUGUUGAUUUUGAAGCAUUCCAGGGUCACUUAUUUUCGUGGCAUUUCAGUGUCACUUCCUGUUGAUUUACAGGCAUUAGAGGGUCACUUCCUGUCCACUUGAGGUCAUUAAGGUGUCACCUAUUCAUAUUGGGCCACUUCCUAUUGAUUUAGAGGCAUUCCAGUGUCACUUCCUGUUGAUUCUGAGACAUUUCAGAGUCAUCUAUUUAUGUCAGGUCACUUCCUGUUGAUUUUGAGGCAUUCUCAGGUCACUUCCUGUUGAUUUAGGGGCAUUCCAUGGUCACUUUCAGUUGAUUUUUUUGGGCAUUUCAGAGUCAGCUGUUCAUAUUGGAUCACUUCCUGUUGAUUUCGAGGCAUUCUAGGGUCACUUCCUGUCUACUUGAGGUCGUUAAGGUGUCACCUGUUCAUAUUGGGUCACUUCCUAUUGAUUUAGAGGCAUUCCAGUGUCACAUCCUGUUGAUUUUAAGACAUUUCAGGGUCACCUUUUGUUCAUAUCGGGUCACUUCCUGUUGAUUUCGAGGCAUUCCAUGGUCACUUCCAGUUCAUUUUUGGGCAUUUCAGAGUCACCUGUUCAUAAUAGGUCACGUCCUGUUUAUUUUGGGGCAUUUGAGUCACCUGUUUAUAUUGGGUCACUUCCUGUUGAUUUUGAAGCAUUCUGGGGUCACUGCGUUUUGAUUUCGUGGCAUUUCAGUAUCACUUCCUAAUGAUUUGAGGGGAUUUAUGGGUCACUUCCAGUCAAUUUUGAGGAGUCACUUGUUCAUAUUGGGUCAUUCAUUCAUUCAAAUCCUGUUGAUUUGUGUGCAUUCUAGGGUCACUUCAUGUUGAUUUAAAGGCGUUACAGGGUCACUUCCUGUUGACUUGGGGUCGUUAAGGGGAAGCCAAUUCAUAUUGGUUCACUUUCUAUUUUUGGGGGGAAUUUAGGGGUCACUUGGGUUGGAAAUCAAUAGGAGUGAAUGGAAGUUUUCGUGCUGUUGAAAUGAAUGGCCAGUGAAUUGGGCCAUUGGAAAUGAAUGGGAAAUUUUACCCAUUACAAAUGAAUGGGUAUGUUUUUGGCAAAAACUUAAUAGAACCUUUGUCCCCCUUAGCAUCCUGAAUUUUUUAAAGUAUAAAUGAUGUGACUCGGUCAAAAAUUGUAUGACAAGUAGUGUUUUGGAAUUUUACUUAAAAAAAAUAAAAUAAAAAAAAGACCACAUUUUUGGGCAAACAGUCAAACGAAAGAGCCCGCCCAUGAAUUUCGGUUUGCAAAAAAAAAAAAAAAACUUUCAUCUGUAUACAAUAUUCCAGUAUGGAUACCCAAUGAUGUCAUCAGUGACACUCACCUGUCAGCCGACCCAUUUUGCAACCCCGCUAACACGACGUUGCAGUUUUGAUGGACGUUUGGACACUUUUGACAACCCUACUUGAAGUUUGUAAAACAUUUAUUUGUUAAAACAUGCUGACGAAUCCAAACACAAAGUAACUGCAGGAGACGGGCUAACGUGUGAAGCUCUUCUAUAAAGGAUGAACAAAAACUGGGAUUCAAACACUCGUCUUCUUGGCUCGCUUCUUUUCCGCUUUGCUUUGUUCCUUCUCCAGAUGUUUCUGAAACAAAGUCGCAGCGGUGACGAUCGGUUGCCUGUUGAAAAAGCUCUGGCGGACCUCACCUGGAGCUUGUCGUAAUGCGCCUUGCUGCUGCAGUGCGUUUUCUUGGCCAUGUUCUCGUUGGAGUAAAAGAGGAGACAUACGCGACAGUAGUAACCCAUCUUGACGUGUUCCACACCUGGAGGAUGAUCAUGACGACUAAGUCAGGGCCGCUUCAACUCGUUACGCUUCGCUCGCUAGCUCACCGAUAGCUCUGUCGGGUCGAAACGGCGGCAGAGGCAAAGAUGCCGAGGCGCUUUUGCUUUCAGAGGCGCUCUGGCUGUCGCGGCGGGUCGAAGUCUCCUCAGAGACCGCCGGCUCGUCCUCCUCCAUCUGCUGUAGGGUGACAAAGCGAAUGAGUCGGACACUCGGGUGAUUCUCUUAAAGCUAAGCUAAACUAUAAAGGUUUUAGGGAUAUCGUUAUGAAAACCUGAAAUAGUUCAUUUUUAGUUGAAAAACAAUGGCAAAUACAAACAAAAACUAAAGGUCAAACGAUAUAGGAUUUUCAAAAGCAGAUACCAAUAUCUACAUUU